AUGGCGCCUCCUAACCCCACCAACAUGCCUCGGUCGGCCGUUCCCAAGCCCCCUGGGCCUCCACUGCCAGUCCUUUUGUAUGGCCUGGUCAUGGUUCCCAUCGCUGCCUUUGCCGGAUGGGUGGUGACGUACGGUCACGACGAAGAAGCCUUGGAACGGAAACUACGGGACAAGUACGGCAAGGAAAUCAAGGAAGUCGAAAGUCGAAGACAGCAAAUGAGCGAGGUCUACAUGGCUGCCAUUAAGAAUCCGGGAAGUGAUGCCGCACAAGAAGAGCGGCUGAAACAGUUACUGCGUGGUGGAAAAGGAGAUGUCAAACGACAUCAUGCCAUUGACCGAAAAUACUACGGAACCGAGGAGGGAUUGGAAAAACAACGAAUUACCAUUGAAGAACAAAUGCAGCAACAUCAAGAAGCCGAAAAGGCGAAAAUGAAAAAAGUCAAGAAGAAACUGAAGAAACUGAAAAAGAAGAAAAAGGCGGAAGAGGAAGCAGCAGCAGCGGCGGCCUCAUCCAGUGAUACAACAACAGACAGUGAAACCGAGUCUGUGUCAGGGACCAGCAAACAAAAGGCCGCGGCAGGUGGCAUCGCCGCGGCCUUGGCGUCCGUUGCGUCGUACACCACAUCGACGAAUACCGAACAGCAAACCGACAACAAUGCACCACAGAACAAGUCCCAGUCGGCACCAUCGGAGGAAACCACAGUUGUGAAAUCGACAGCCAGUAGCAAGAAGGAGAAAAAGAAGAGAAAGAAAAUGGAUAAGGAGGCUGCUUCUUCGUCUUCCUCGAUCGACAGGAACCAAAUUGCCACACUCACAGCUGUGGCGGGAGUGGCCGCCUUGGUGGGAUUUCUUGUCGGCGGAGGUAGUCGACGACAAUAA